AUGGGAGAAAAGGACCCCGGCAACGGUCAGCCACAGACCGUGAGGUCCGUGACUGACGAUGUGAAUGACCUGGCGCUUGCUGCCGAUGAGAAGAAGCUCGUGCGCAAGCUCGACCUGUACAUAAUUCCCCUCAUCAUGGCUUUGUAUCUCUUCAGUUUCCUCGACCGAGUCAAUAUUGGCAACGCUCGCUUGUACGGGCUCGAGGAGGAUCUCAACCUCUCGUCUCAGCAGUUUCAGAUCUCCGUCUCCAUCCUCUUCGUUACCUAUCUGCUGUUCGAGGUGCCGUCGAAUCUUGUGCUCAAGCUCUUCACACCCCGCCUGUGGAUCGCGUUCAUUGCCUUCUCUUGGGGCGUCAUCGCCACGGCCACCGGCCUGGUUGAGUCAUACGGCAGCCUCAUCGCCUGCCGUCUCCUGCUGGGAGUUGUCGAGGCCGGUCUCUUCCCCGGCCUCACGGUGUAUCUCACAUUCUUCUACACCAAGCAUGAGCUCGCCCUCCGCGUCGGCUAUCUCUUCGUCAGCGCUGCGCUCGCCGGCGCCGUCGGCGGGUUGCUCGCCUAUGGCAUCGGGCACAUGGAGGGCGUCCAGGGGAUGCGGGGUUGGCGAUGGGUCUUCAUCAUCGAGGGUCUGCCGAGCGUGGUCCUCGCCGUGGUGACCUUCUUCGCCUUGCCCAACGACGCGCAGACUGCCUACUUCCUCACCAAGGAGGAGAGGGCCUUGAUGGAGGUGCGCCGAGGCCGCGAGUACGGAAGCACGGAGCAGUUCAACACCAAGGAUAUGAACCGUGCUUUCCUGGACUGGAAGGUGUGGGCGUUCAGCAUUGCCCAGUUUGGUGUAGACACCAUGCUUUAUGGUUUCUCAACUUUCCUACCCACCAUUAUCAACAGCUUGGGCAAGUGGACCGCCGCAGAGGUCCAGCUGCUCACUAUUCCGUGCUACUUCGUCGGCGCCGCCGUCUACAUGGUCGCAGCUUUCCUCUCCGACCGCACCCAGCAGCGUGGUCUGUUCUGCGUCAUCUUCGGCGCUGUCAGUGUCAUCGGCUAUGGUGUGCUGCUCGCCGACGUGCCAAGCGGAGUGCACUAUUUUGGCUGUUUCCUUGUUGCGGCUGGACUUUAUGUCGUUGUUGGACUUCCACUGGCUUGGCUGCCAACAAAUUCUCCACGUUACGGAAAGCGAACGACCGCCACAGGUCUUCAGCUCACGCUGGGCAACUGCGCGGGAAUCAUGUCUGCUUUCAUCUACCCAAUCGCGGACAAGCCCCGGUACAUCCGUGGGCACGGAGUCACGCUCGGCAUGGUCGGUUUUGGCACCGCCAUCUACGCGUUCAUGUGGUGGUGGUAUCGACGGGAGAACUCUCGCCGUGAUGCUGGCGUAAUCAAGGAAAAGUAUCAGAAUUUGGAUGAGGAGGAGUUGAAGGAGCUGGGCGACGACAGCCCACACUACCGGUUCACGGUGUGA